GGCGAGGAGCUGGGUUACGCUGCGGGCUCUUCCGCAAGAAGCAAGAGUUCAGAGGCGGAAAACUCAACGUUCCCGAGGAAACACGAGGGGCGCGGGGGCUCCGGCGGCGCUGCGCGGAUGGAUGGCAGCGCCUGAGCGGGUCCUCGCUCCGCCGCCCGGGGCAGAGCCGCGGGGAGGCUGCCUCGCCCUCCUCCUCCUCCUCCUUCUCUUCCUCCUCCUCCUCCUCCUCCUCCCUCCCGGCUGCCCAGAGCCCCGGCGCAGCAGCACGGUCGCGACCCCCGAUCGCGACGGGGCCGGGGCUUCCCCGGCGUGAGGCUGCAGCCAGUUUUCUGGACAACAUGCCCUUGAGAAGCUCCAGCAAGUUGAGCAUGGAAAGCAGAAAAGAUGGUGAGAGCACAGCACCUGCCCCUCCACAGAAGAAGCUGUCUUGUCAGUGCCAUCACCAUUGUCCAGAGGACUCUGUCAACAGCACCUGCAGCACUGAUGGCUACUGCUUCACCAUCAUAGAAGAAGAUGAGUCCGGUGGACAUUUAGUCACCAAGGGAUGUCUAGGAUUAGAGGGCUCGGACUUCCAGUGUCGGGACACUCCUAUUCCUCACCAAAGAAGAUCUAUUGAAUGUUGCACAGGCCAAGAUUACUGUAACAAACAUCUUCACCCAACGCUGCCACCGCUGAAAAAUCGAGACUUUGCUGAAGGAAACAUUCACCACAAGGCUCUGCUGAUCUCGGUGACUGUCUGCAGUAUACUUCUGGUGCUUAUCAUCAUAUUCUGCUACUUCAGGUACAAACGGCAAGAGGCGAGGCCUCGCUACAGCAUUGGGCUGGAGCAGGAUGAGACCUACAUUCCCCCUGGAGAGUCCCUGAAGGAUCUGAUUGAGCAGUCUCAGAGCUCAGGCAGUGGCUCCGGGCUCCCUCUCCUGGUUCAAAGAACCAUAGCAAAACAGAUUCAGAUGGUGAAACAGAUUGGAAAAGGUCGCUAUGGGGAAGUCUGGAUGGGAAAGUGGCGUGGCGAAAAGGUAGCUGUCAAAGUGUUUUUUACCACGGAGGAGGCCAGCUGGUUCAGAGAAACAGAAAUCUACCAAACUGUCCUGAUGAGGCAUGAAAAUAUUCUUGGAUUCAUUGCUGCAGACAUUAAAGGCACAGGCUCUUGGACCCAACUGUACCUCAUCACAGAUUAUCAUGAGAAUGGCUCCCUUUAUGAUUAUCUAAAAUCUACCACCUUGGACACAAAAGCCAUGCUAAAACUGGCUUAUUCCUCCGUUAGUGGCUUGUGCCACCUACAUACGGAGAUCUUCAGUACGCAAGGCAAACCAGCUAUUGCCCACCGGGACCUAAAAAGUAAGAAUAUCUUGGUGAAAAAGAACGGGACCUGCUGUAUAGCAGAUUUGGGCUUGGCUGUUAAAUUUAUUAGUGAUACAAACGAGGUAGACAUACCUCCAAACACCCGUGUAGGAACAAAACGCUAUAUGCCUCCUGAGGUGCUGGAUGAAAGCUUGAAUAGAAAUCACUUUCAGUCGUACAUCAUGGCUGAUAUGUACAGUUUUGGACUCAUCCUUUGGGAGAUAGCCAGGAGAUGUGUGUCAGGAGGAAUAGUUGAAGAAUACCAGCUUCCAUACCACGACCUUGUGCCCAGCGACCCCUCCUAUGAGGACAUGCGGGAGAUAGUGUGCAUCAAGAGACUGCGCCCUUCAUUUCCCAACAGAUGGAGCAGUGAUGAGUGCCUGCGGCAGAUGGGGAAACUCAUGAUGGAGUGCUGGGCCCACAACCCUGCGUCCCGGCUCACGGCCCUGCGAGUCAAGAAGACGCUUGCCAAAAUGUCAGAGUCGCAGGACAUUAAGCUCUGAUGGAGCAAAAGACAGCUCUCGUGAAGACCCACGGAAACGGACUUUCUCUUGCAGGCAGAAGUCAUGGAGAGGUACCAGCAGUCCUCACUGAUAAGUACCUCGAGUGCAGGCGUAUUUAAGAGCAACUGUAAGUUUGUUUGACAGCUUUUGAGGAGACUGUCCUUGGUAAAAAUCAGCUGAAUUUUGACGUACAAGGUUGGAAGAGGCUUGUCUGCCCUUGUUUACACGGGGAAAUACAGUUUUAGUAACUGGUUUAAGAUUAUGCAUGUUGCUUUCCAUGAAAGCCACUUAUUAUUUUAUUAUUAUUGUUAUUAUUAUUAUUAUUUUGAUUGUUUAAAAAGAUACUGCUUUAAAUUUUAUGAAAAUAAAACCUUUGGUUAGAAGUAAAUAAGAUGUAUAUUGUUACGUUAAAAAAAAAAAAAAGAAAGAAAGAAACUGUGCUGAAGAUGAAAGCAAAGUGACUUUUUCAUUUAUGAAGAGACUUUUGCACUCCAGCAUUUAAAAAAGAGAGAGGGUCUGUGCAGCUCAGGGAAGCUGCAAUGCAAACCAUCCUAAAAGCCACCUUCCCACAGCCCUAUGUACGUGAGUUGGUCUCCCAGUACAGACAGCCCAAAUAUGUCUCCACCAUUGUAGACACGGGGUGAUGGAGUCUUGUGGGUGGGUUGUCACUGGGAAUAUCACACUUGAUUGAACAUGGCACGCACGGUGUGAGUUGUUUGCUUUAAGAAGCUCUUUGUGCUUCCAGGAAAUCUCAUGGAGGUGGUACCAGCACGAUAAACAAGUGCCCUUCUUAGUUUUCUUUCCCACCCGCUGCAGAAUGAAACGUUUUGAGUGGAAACAAGAGGAGCAAGUUUACACACUUGGAUCUGCUUACUAGACUUUCGUUAAUGAGGGAAACUGCUGGUAAAUGAAACUGCUGGAACAUACAAACAAGUCCAGUGGGUGGGAGAAAGUUCCUUGUGAAGAACAAUUAUUAACUUGUUGUGUAAUAGUGAAGUAUCCAUGUACAACCAUAGCUUGAAAAAAAAAAAUCCAUCUUCCCUUUUUAAGGGAAAGCAAAGACCUGUAAAAAAUCCCAUUUAGUCAGUCCUUUUUCCCUAAGCACAAGAAGAGCUGGUGCCCUCUGGCUGCAGCAGAAGCUGGCACGGAGGAGGAGUUUGGGACUUGGGCGUGCAAGCACGAGCUGGGCCCCAUGCUCCUCUUGGGCUUCAAUGCCCUAUGUCCAGCCACAGGCAGGACCUCCAGUGCUGGACCACCUCAAGGUGAUCAUUACUUCAGUGAGGGUUGUAAAGAAACACUUCGUGGCUGGUUCUGUGGGACGCUGUCUCAGAAUUCAUCCCGAAACACCUCUUCACUCUCAGCAUCACUAGGGCACCACCUGGGAUGCUGUGGCAAAAGCAUGUUUAAGACCAUGUUUUCAGGGCACCACACACUGAACCUUUUGGUUGGAAGUUAAACUGCCUUAUUGUUUUGAUGGCUUUCCAGCUGCCUCGAAGCCUGCACACUAGUGGCAGUCUGCACCACCAGUCUAGGGCUGUGUCGUAUCUCACAGCAAGAGGAGUUUUUAGAGGAGAACAGCAGGAAACAAUUUUCCAUCUUUCUCCAUUCCUCCUUCCUGGGGCUGCAACAGUUGCUGCAAUAUUAAAACUAUAGAAGGGGAAAUGAGAGGUAACAAGAUGACAAAAUAUUCCCUAUGAAGUAUUUUCUUUGGAAAGGUCUCUGUUCUUCAUCAGAUUAUCAAAGAUGAGCUGUGUGGGGUCUACCAUUUUACUCUUUAUUUUCUUAUUAUUUCAUAUUUUGCCCUCCUAUGUCCUGUUUCCCUAGGUAGUGUUCAGUUUAAUUUUGAAAUAGGUCCUUACAAAUGCUGCUUUGAUUAUGCUAAACCUAUUUCAGAACUGAAAUACUUGUCAUGCUGGAUUUAUCCUCAGCAUUUAUGUAAUGCUGUUUUUUUUUUUUUUUUCUUCCCUUUUUGGACAAAACUGAUUUAUUUGUGGUAGGUAGGUAAAUAUAAUUGGGGUUUAGCUUCGUAGCUCCCUGAAGGUAUUUUUCUCGUUUGAAAAAUUACCAUUUAAUACUUUCAAGCUAAUGGAGAAAAAUGCGUGAAGUUCAAGAGAACCAGCAAGACCUACAUGAUUAUAGGUGUUAAAGGUUAAUCAGAGGAUUUUCAUUAAUUAGUGCCUUUUUUUUUUUUUUUUGCUUUUCAGUUUCCCUAUACCCAAAAAUACAAAGCAACACUAAAAGAAAAUCUCUGAGAAUUCAUAGUAAGCCAAAUCCCAGCCCCAGAGGGGAAAUGCUGUUUUCCCACUGUCUUUAAUAAACAGAAUGCUUGCAUUAGUGAGGGCUGAAUUUGCUGCCCUCUUUGGGUGCCUUCACUUGAAGACCUGUGGCCAAAAAUGUACCUUUUUGUCUUAGUGACUUGAGUCAACAGGUUUCCGUAUUAAUUCAUUUUACCUUUUGCCUUCAUGCCCUUUGCCUUAUGAAACAAACCCAGUCCCGAAGGAGCUGGGUUUUCUUUGUUCCGUCAAAGCCAAUGAGAAAUGCACCUAUGCAAGGCUGACGGCCAGGGUUGGUCCUGCCAUUGCUGGCGAGGGGGUAAAACUUGGGGACAUGGGGACAUCAUGCUGUUUUCCUAGCAGUAAGGGGUAGGCUUCAAUGAUCCUGUGUGAGACACCUCCGAGUCCAGUCCCUGCAGGUCACACAGCAGGAUGCCUUUCUCCUGCUGCAUUGUUUCACAUCUGUUUUCCUCAAACAGAUUUCUUUUUAACAUUUUUAAUUAUCAUUUAUUUCCCUGGAAGUGUUUCGGUGGGGGUUUUGCUGCUUGGUGAUGACUCCUGCCAAUGGUUUGCUAGGUGUGCUGCCCCUCCGAGCCCCCAGCACGUGCUGUCAGUGUGCUGUGAGAGAAAGGUCCAGUCGCUGUUUUUUCUGAUCCAGUCUUAUUUUUUUCAGUCCAAGAGAAAGGGAUCUAAGAUACUGGUUGAUAGGUUACAUAAAGUGUAUAGGUUAAGUGUUCAAGUUUAUGUGUUUUUAUAUAUAUAUAUAUAAAAUAUAUAUAUAUAUUCAGUUGGGAGUCUGGAAUAACUCCAGUAUGUGGAUUAAGAGUAAACUAUUAUGGAGGAUAAAGCACUAAAUAAAACAUAAUAUUUAUUUAUGAAAAUACAUAACUGACAAAUCACUGCAACGGUGCUAUAUAAGAAAAUAUAUAUAUAUAUAUGAGGAGACACACAUCUGAGAAAGCAGAGGUUCUGCAGUUAUGUAAGUAGUGCCUGCCUAUUUUCUCCCUAGACUCAAAAGGUGAGAUUUCCCUCUCAAAUCUCCUGCCCAUUAUAAUCAAUGAUACUGUAAAAUGAUAUUCCUAAGGCCAGAAAAUGGCCUGAGGCAAGCUUGGAAGCCAUUUCUUUUAGCACAGUGACAUUUGAGUCACUGGCUGCAUGGUUGACUUUAUGCAACACUCCAAAUGAAGUUAUUAUGGUUUGAACGUGUCUAGUGACUACACAUGAGUACAUUUAUCUUACCACCUCUGUAGCCUUUUAAUGCCACUUCCAGAAUUUGGUAGUUUCACAGUAUGUUUUGAUUUGGGCUUUGAAAUCAGUGGUGAAGAUAACCAUAGUUUCAGUACCCACAGGUUUGGAAAUCCAGUUUUCCAAUGUAAAUCACUGAGGGAAGUAUAGUGACUUAUUGGCAUAUAGUUAAGAUGGCAUAGGUAAGUGGGAGAAGAAGUAAAAAAAAAAAAAAAAAAAAAAAAAAAAAAAAAAGAGGAAGAGGUGCCAUCUAGCAACUGCUAUCCUUUCUCUGGCACAAAGUUAUUUCUAUUAAAGAAAAGGUUGUUGAUAUAUAGACUAAGAAACUACUUGGUGUUCUUUUUUGAGAACCAGUGCCUUAUUAAACCUGUAAAUACUGUAAUUAGAAAACUUGGGGAGCAAACUGUUCUAUUGUAUUUGUUCAAAUUGUUUAUGGUUGUUUUAACAUUCCCCUGAAUAAAAUUGUUUCCAUCCCCCCAUGAGAUUGCUUUUAUUUCUGUUUACUUUUCAUAUAUUUGACAAGCACUUCUUUUGGGUUUCAUUUCACUGGUUAGAGUAUUUUGACCAUGACACAUUUUUUUUUUUUUUCUUUAUUUCUCUAAGGUUUGCCUUUUGAACAAAGAAGUAAACAGUAAGACGCUGUGUGUAUUUACACUGGCAUUAAAAAAAAAAAAAAAAAAAGCAUUACUCCUUUCACAACUCAGUGAAGA